AUGUCCUUGUUCGCCGAGACUCCACAAUUCGAAAUCGCAACAUACCUUUCAAAAUUGCUCGAGGAGAGAACAUAUCAUGUCAUCGAGAGCCUGCGGCAGCACCAGGACUUGGAGGUUUACAAUGCAAUAGCUAUACUGGAGCGACUACGAGAAAUUCUACCCAAAAUUCUUCGAAAACCCUGGAAAUUAAGAACCGACAACUUCCACACGACGAUUAGCAACAAAUUCCUGGAAGACUGGUUAUGCCGCUUUAAGGGUUUCUUCUACAUGACGGAGGACGUAUUCGACGACUUGGAUAUUAUUGUAUUGCCCAGCGACAAACGACAAGGUGAUUAUCUUUCAGCAUUUGGCAAACGGAUGCUAAUUUGUAAGAAAGCGAUAGCAAAAUUACCGGAGGUCAUCGAUGCAGCCACUGGUCUCCUCGGUGAAAAUAAGAAUCUUAUGGAGGGGAUGAGAGAAUUCGAACAAAUCUUAUACAGAAGAUGGAAGGAGCAACAGGUCACCAGUUCGGAACUCCCCACGUUGCCUUACAAAGUUAGGGAGUUGAAAGGACGAGCUGGGGAGGAGAAGAAGAUACUAGAGGCGCUACUUCACAAAGAAGAAGGAGAAUCAAAGAAGUCAACUAGAUUGAUCAGGAUCGCCGGCCCGGUGGGAAUAGGGAAGACGGAACUUGCCCGGGCUGUUUAUAACAGUGCACAAGUAGAAGCUGAAUUCGAUGUCAGGGCAUGGAUUUACAUGGGCAACCAUCAUCGUGACGACAAUUGGCUUACACUUCAAAGGUCAGAACCUGCCUCCGUCGACAAAUCAAGCAAACUUCAGAGACUCAAUGGAUUAGCAAUUUUUAACAUUUUCGAUACCUUGGAAAGAGAAUUACAAAGCAAGAAGGUGUUGAUCGUCCUGGACAACCUAGCGGAUAAGGCAGAGCACUCUUCUUAUUUAGGGACUUUCCGGAGCUUCAGAGCAACAGAGGAUUGCAGAAUAAUAGUGACUACCCAAUUUGAAUAUGUAGGCCGUGUAAAUGCGUCGUUGAAUGUGGAAUUGGAUGGGUUGGAAGAGGAAGAGUAUUUGGAAUUGUUCAAGGAAUGCGCAGCGCUCGGUGACAAAAAUCACGACAAAUAUCCAGCUGAGUUAGAAAAUACGUGCAAAGAAAUUGCUAAAAGGUUUGGAGGCAAUCCCUUGGCUGCUGUGAUGAUAGGGCGUCACCUGAAGUGGCACCAAAGUGAAGAUCGCUGGAGGGUAAUCUCCCGUAGCAAUUUGGGAAUGAUUGAUCCAACAGAAAGCAACAUUAUAUCAGUGUUGAAACACAGUUACGAGGAACUCACUGGGAAUCAGAAGCAAUGUUAUCUUGCUUGUGCUCUGUUUCCGAAGAAUUAUCCUUUUAAACAAAAUCAGUUGUUUGAGAUAUGGAAAGCCAUUGGAUGUUGUUCACAUACAUCUAAUCAGUGGUCUUGGGCAUGGACGGACAUUGAACCAUUUUUUGUCAGUUCAGCGAGAAAGGAUGGCGAGUUCAUUCUCCAUGCUAUUUUUCAUGAGCUUGCAGACUACAUAUGUGAUGGUGACUUUUUUAGACUUGAGGAUGAAAUUAAGGAAGAAGAUGGCAUAGAAAUCCCAGACAAAGCCCGACACGUGUAUGUUACAGCAGAUAAUUUUGUCAAAAUAUACAAAGUAUUGCAAGAGAAGACGCACUUGCGCAGUCUUGUCAUCUGUGGAGUUCUAUCCUCUAAAGAACACAAGUCAAGCUUCAUGGGAUUGCUAGAAGAGGUGUUGCAGAAUUUGGAAGGCUUGAGGCUAUUGAUGAUCUCUGUGCUUCCGACUGGGAAAUUGCCUGAUGCAAUUGGUAGUCUGAGACAUCUUCGAUACUUGGAAUUACCUAUAGACAAACACACACUAACGAAGGAAUCAUUUCUAGAGCUUCCUACUUGGAUAUCAGAUGAUGGAUUUGCUGGUUUAAGGAAACUUCAGAAUCUUGAGGAGCUAAGAGGAGCAAUUCAAAAGCUUAAAACUGGUGAAUCAAGUCACUCAUUUAAAUCAAUUGGUCCAGAGCUUUCAUAUAGGGAAUCAAGUGAUCCAUCUGAUCAGCUCUUCCGCCCCUGA